GACAUGAAAUACAGGCUGAACAUUUGGCAGCUGCAUUUUUCAAGUUUAUUUCCUGUUCCCUGUUCCUGUUCAUACUCCGCAUGUAGACAGCUGAAUCUGCCGACACAACACAAGCAGGCUGGUCAUCAUGGGGUGUCCAUUUCUGUUGUGUCUUGCUGCCCUGCUCUUUAUGAGUGAGAUGGCCACAAGACACACCACAGAAGCCAUGGAUGUACAAUCCCCAACAGUACUUGAAGAGCUAGCAACAUCGCCCCCAGGUCUUUACAUUCCUGGUCAUUUCUAUCCAUUCUCUCAUGGAUCAGAAGUUGACCUUUUUGAUAAUAUUGGAGGUUCAUCUCAGAUAACACUUCAACAAGCAUUCCCUUUCUUUGGAUCCUACAAGGCCACAAUAUAUGCAAAUAAGAACGGUGUACUGAGUUUUGCCAUGCCACUAACUAAGUCCAGUCCUGAUCCGCAUACGGGCACUGACAUCAUCGCUCCACUCUGGACUGAUUAUAAAGCGGACAACCAUGAAAGAGUCGUCUAUCAGGAAGUCACCAGUGGUCCUCUUCUUUUUCAAGCGACACACGACAUUAAUACCAUGUUCCCAGAAAAUAAUUUCUCCGCAACAUGGCUCUUUAUAGCCACUUGGCAGUCUAUGUCAUUUGCCAACAGCACAGGGAACGCAACAUUCCAAGCAGUUUUGGUCUCUAACGGUACAGAUGCAUCUUUUGUCAUGCUGAACUAUGGAGAAAUUGAUUCCACUGAUCAGAACUGGCUGGCUGGCUAUGAGACAGUGGAUGGUACCUCCAACAUAAUUGCAAAAGACAUCAUUACCCUCUCUUCAUCUUCUAACGUCCAAAUCCCUGGUCGCUGGGCUUUCCAAGUCAUUGAUCCAGCCUCAUCAUACUGUCAGAAGCAGAACUGCUCUUGGGAUGAAGUCUGUAAACAGAUAAAUGGAGUGUAUGGCUGUGGCUGUGGAGAGAACAAUACAAUGCUGAACAAAGGCACUUAUGACGCCAUUGAAACAUGUUCAGGUAGUUCUGGAUCACUGUCUCUGUCACGCUGUCAGCUCUUUGAUGCUGGAUAUUCUGCACAUGCUCUCCACCUCAAUGACCCAACAUGCAAAGGGGAGAUUCAAAAUAACAGGCUGGUCUUCAAAUUUGACAGUAAUGCUAGCAUGUGUGGCACAACUCUGGAGCAUAAUGAAACACACAUCAUCUUUAAGAACAACGCUGGGACAACUGACGGAAUGGGUGUGAUCAGUCAUGUUAGUGGGCUUAAUAUUGCCUUUUCUUGCAUGUAUCCACUCAUCCAGAGCAUCUCCAUGCCCAUGGCCUUCCAAAUCUCAGGAAGUACUAUCAGCAGGGAACUGUCUACCGAGGGGUCGUACCAGAUCCGUAUGGUCCCAUAUCCUGAUUCUCAGUUCCUGGUUCCAUACUCUGGUAAUGUGACCCUAGAAAUGAACCAACAGCUAUAUGUAGCAGUGGAAGUGGAUCUGUUUGACAGUAAACAAAUCGCUCUUGUGCUGGACAACUGCUGGGCGACACCCAGCAACCAAAUGAACUCGCUCGUUCGCUGGGACCUGAUCAUAAGAGAGUGUCCAAACCCUGCUGAUGGCACAGUGGAGGUGUUGCAGAACGGCAUCUCCACAUCCAGCCGCUUUUCUUUCAGGAUGUUUAUGUUCACCGGCUUCUCUAGCAACUCUAUUAUACUGCACUGCCAGGUCCACCUCUGUCUGCAAGGGUCAGGCAACUGUGCGCAGAACCCAUAGUUCCUGUUUCAUCUGUUCAUACAAAUUCUACUGUUACAAAGCUGAGUGGAAGAAAGCGGUACAGGCAUAAAUGCGUGCCCGUCAUCUCCCCAUCAUGGAUCAGGCCUUUUUCAUCUUUGACCAUGAAGAGACAAGGCAAAGGAAGAGAUUCGGUAUCACCCUAGUGCAACGAGCAUUCUUUUCCAGGCAGCCGCAGGAAAUUUAAUUUAAAUGAAAAUCUUAAAUUUAAGUCAUUUAUAUUGAGUAUGGGUUCUACUGAUAAUUCCAUAUUAAACUGACAGGUAUCAAGAAGUGUAAAAUGCAAUGCAAUCUUUUAAAUAUACACACACAACACAUAAUUAACAUAAACGAUACGAAGGGUUUAUACAGAUUUCUUGCAAAAUAUUUACCAGAUUACCUUUCAAUCUAACUCACAAGUUCAGUUUCAAAAGAAAAUUAUUAAUAACAAAUCCUUUACUUUAUCAAUAAAUGGCCAUAAAAUAAAUAAUACAAGCCGGCAAAAUUAAAUGAAAGCUUAAUUAGAAGUACAUAGCUGGGGUUUGUAGAAGCCAGACAAAAUGGUUACUGCACCACAAGAGCAGCAAAGGGAAAAUAAUACCUUUAGGAUGAAGUUGGUUGCAUAAAGUACAUACGUAAGAUCUAGAGAAGAGUCAAUGGAGAAGACAGCCAGAGCCUCAAUGCUUCACUAAGUUCUCCUUUGACAAAUUUAGUCCCUGCUAGCUGAGCUAGCUAUCCGCCGGUCCAUCAGCAAAGUCCAUGCACAUGGCACAGUAAACAGCAACUUAGGUCUCUGUUCGCCGGAGGUGAUAUCAACAUCUUUCCGAUGUUUCCUUCCACUCCAAAAAGAAUCUAACGCUACACUGAGUAUUCAGGUUGAGAGAUGCAUGAUACUUAUGAAGACACAGAUCAUACAUUGACCAUUUCAAGUUCACCAGCUCUGCUUUCAAUUCCCUUUUCCCCUUUUA